AUGGCUGGGCCGGGGGGUUCGGGGGGCCCGAUCGGAGCCGGGGCCCUGGCAGGCAGCGCACGGUCCAAGGUAGCUCCGAGCGUGGACUUUGACCACAGCUGCUCGGACAGUGUUGAGUACCUGACACUCAACUUCGGGCCCUUCGAGACAGUGCAUCGUUGGCGGCGCCUCCCGCCCUGCGACGAGUUCGUGGGGGCCCGGCGCAGCAAGCACACAGUGGUGGCCUAUAAAGAUGCCAUUUAUGUAUUUGGUGGAGACAAUGGGAAGACCAUGCUCAACGAUCUCCUGCGGUUCGAUGUGAAGGAUUGCUCCUGGUGUAGGGCCUUCACCACAGGCACCCCACCAGCCCCCCGCUACCACCACUCAGCCGUUGUCUACGGGAGCAGCAUGUUUGUAUUUGGGGGCUACACUGGGGACAUUUAUUCCAAUUCUAACUUGAAGAAUAAAAACGACCUCUUUGAAUAUAAGUUUGCAACGGGCCAGUGGACAGAGUGGAAAAUUGAAGGACGGUUGCCGGUCGCUAGGUCUGCCCAUGGCGCCACGGUAUACAGUGACAAGCUGUGGAUCUUUGCUGGCUAUGAUGGCAAUGCCAGGUUGAAUGACAUGUGGACCAUUGGCCUCCAGGACCGGGAGCUCACAUGCUGGGAGGAGGUAGCGCAGAGCGGUGAGAUCCCGCCAUCCUGCUGCAACUUCCCAGUGGCCGUGUGCCGGGACAAGAUGUUUGUGUUCUCAGGGCAGAGUGGAGCCAAGAUAACCAACAACCUCUUCCAGUUUGAAUUCAAGGACAAGACGUGGACACGCAUCCCCACCGAGCACCUACUCCGUGGCUCCCCACCACCCCCGCAGCGGCGCUAUGGGCAUACCAUGGUGGCCUUUGACCGCCACCUCUACGUGUUUGGGGGUGCGGCAGACAACACACUGCCCAAUGAGCUGCACUGCUAUGAUGUGGACUUCCAGACCUGGGAGGUUGUCCAGCCCAGCUCAGACAGUGAGGUCGGUGGGGCUGAGGUGCCAGAGCGAGCAUCUGCUUCUGAGGAGGCGCCUGCCCUGGCCUCUGAGGAGCGGGGUGGCUUCAAGAAGUCCCGAGAUGUGUUUGGCCUGGACUUUGGCACCACCACAGCCAAGCCGCCUGCCCCGCCGGCCUCAGAGCUGCCAAGCGGAAGGCUCUUCCACGCAGCUGCUGUGAUCUCGGACGCCAUGUACAUCUUCGGGGGCACCGUGGACAAUAACAUCCGCAGUGGGGAGAUGUACAGGUUCCAGUUCUCUUGUUACCCCAAGUGCACACUGCAUGAGGACUACGGGAGGCUGUGGGAGAGCCGCCAGUUCUGCGACGUGGAGUUUGUGUUGGGCGAGAAGGAGGAGUGUGUGCAGGGCCAUGUGGCCAUUGUCACCGCUCGGAGCCGCUGGCUCCGCAGGAAGAUCAUGCAGGCACGGGAACGGCUAGCCCAGAAGCUGGAGGAGGAGGCAGCCCCCGCUUCCAGGGAGGAACCUGGUGCAGCUGUCGGGGGGGCCCGGCCGCCCCUGCUGCACGUGGCCAUCCGCGAGGCCGAGGCCCGGCCCUUUGAAGUGCUCAUGCAGUUCCUGUACACGGACAAGAUCAAGUACCCGCGGAAAGGCCACGUGGAGGAUGUGCUGCUCAUCAUGGAUGUCUACAAGUUGGCACUGAGCUUCCAGUUGUGCCGCCUGGAGCAGCUGUGCCGACAGUACAUCGAGGCCUCCGUGGACUUGCAGAACGUGCUGGUUGUGUGUGAGAGUGCCACCAGGCUGCAGCUGGGCCAGCUGAAGGAGCAUUGCCUGAACUUCGUGGUGAAGGAGUCCCACUUCAAUCAGGUGAUCAUGAUGAAGGAGUUUGAACGCCUCUCUUCCCCACUGAUCGUGGAGAUUGUGCGGCGGAAGCAGCAGCCACCUCCCCGUGCUCCCUCAGAGCAGCCCGUGGACAUUGGCACAUCUCUGAUCCAGGACAUGAAGGCAUACCUGGAGGGGGCAGGUGCAGAGUUCUGUGACAUCACUCUGCUGCUGGAUGGGCACCCAAGACCGGCCCACAAGGCCAUCCUGGCCGCUCGCUCCAGCUACUUUGAGGCCAUGUUCCGGUCCUUCAUGCCCGAGGACGGGCAGGUGAACAUCUCCAUCGGGGAGAUGGUGCCCAGCAGGCAGGCCUUUGAGUCCAUGCUGCGCUACAUCUACUACGGCGAGGUCAACAUGCCGCCCGAGGACUCUCUCUACCUGUUUGCGGCUCCCUACUAUUACGGUUUCUACAACAACCGGCUGCAGGCGUACUGCAAGCAGAACCUGGAGAUGAACGUGACAGUACAGAAUGUACUGCAGAUCCUGGAGGCAGCUGACAAGACGCAAGCACUGGACAUGAAGCGGCACUGCCUGCACAUCAUCGUGCACCAGUUCACCAAGGUGUCCAAGCUGCCCACACUGCGCUCGCUGAGCCAACAGCUGCUUCUUGACAUCAUAGACUCCCUGGCCUCCCACAUCUCUGACAAGCAGUGCGCAGAGCUUGGAGCUGACAUAUGA